CUAUCUGUUAUGUAUGUGUGUGUGAGCGCACCACCCCGCUUCCUUUAAACGUGCAAUAAAGCAGUGUGUCUAUAGCCAUUGGUUGUUUCACUCGUGCGUUUCCCAAAUACAACAUUGGCGGCGAUCUACCUACGCGAUAAUAAAAAUGUCCAGCAGUGCGCAUUUCGGAAUUUUGCCUACGUUUGAUCACCAUUCGCAGACCUGGAAAACGUUUAAAUCACGCUUAUUGCAAUGGUUUGUGGCAAAUAAAAUAAAUGCGACGUCGGACGCGGGAGGCGAACAAAGGCGAGCGAUAUUACUUAGCACACUCAUUGACGGUACUUACAAACUCGCAGCGGAUUUAGCGUUGCCGAAGAAAAUAGAAGAAGUGCCAUACGAAGAUGUAUUAAAGUUGUUGGAAGACCACUUUGUUCCAAAGGUGUUUGGUUUUAGUGAACGGUACAAAUUUUAUUCAGCCGUUCAGCAAAACGGAGAGACGCAUACCCAAUGGGCGGCAAGGCUACGUGGUUUGUCAGCGGAUUGCAACUUCACAAACGUAGAGGAAGUUCUUCGCGACAGAUUUAUGAUGGGCAUGCUGCCGGGACGGGAGCGGGACAAGGUUUUCACGCAGGACCUCAAGGAGCUGACGCUUACUAAGGCGGUGGAGUUGGCUAACGCAGUGCGCUGCGCGCGGGAGGUGUCGGCGGGUGCGGGACAAACGGCCUCGACGAGCGACCAGCUGUUCAAGAUCACCAGCGAUACCAAGGAUUCGGCCCGUGAAAAAUGUGCGGUGUGCGGUUAUUCAAACCAUAAGACGGCCGAAUGUCGUUUUUCUAAUUAUCGAUGCAAGAAAUGCCGCGGUAAAGGCCAUUUAAAAAAAAUGUGCAAAACAGUAAAGUGCAUAAUGGCGAAUGACGUGAGCGAGGGAGACGACGGUAAGUUGUUUAAUAUUCGAUCUAUAAAGGGUGAACCCAUGUUAGAAUGGGUUACCGUACAAGGCGUGCCGUUACAGUUUGAAAUUGAUAGUGGGGCAGCGGUCACGGCGAUGUCACCGAAGCUAUUCAACAAGCAUUUCUCUAAAGUGACGGUUUGCGCGCCUAAGAAAAAUCUGGAGUCAUAUAACGGCGGUAACCUGGCCUGCAUAGGUAUGGCGCCAAUGUCCAUAGAAUACGCGGGGCGCACACAGCUGAUUGAUGUUUACAUUAUUCGCAAUGGUGGCCCGCCGAUUUUAGGUCGAGAUUUCAUUUCGUCAUUUAACUUAGAAAUGACAACACCAGUUAAUUACUGUACGCAAAAACAGGAUAAACUAGAAAUAUUGCAAGGUAAUUAUCCGGCAGUGUUUUCAGAUGAUUUAGGCCUAUUUAAUAAGUACAAAGUAGGGUUGCAGCUUAAACCUGACGCGAAACCGGUUUUUUUCAAGGCGCGACCGUUAGCAUUUGCUUUAAAAGGAAAAGUGGACAAAGAAAUAGACCACUUAGUAAGUCUAGGGGUGUUAAAGCCUGUUGAGUAUUCGGAAUACGCAUCUCCAAUAGUACCGGUGUUGAAAAAUAAUGGCACCAUGCGUAUUUGUGCAGAUUACUCGGUCAGCAUUAAUAAGCAGCUGUGUGUCGAACAAUAUCCGUUACCCACAAUUAAAGAGUUGUUUGCUAAAUUACACGGAGGACAAACGUUCUCAAAGCUAGACUUAUCUUCCGCGUACACUCAGCUUGAGUUAAAGCCGGAGUCACAGCAUCUCACCUGCAUAAAUACGCAUCGUGGGUUAUUCUUCUACACACGCUUGGUUUUUGGGUUGGCUAGUGCCCCGGCUAUAUUUCAGCGCGCGAUUGAUAAUUUACUUAGUGGUAUGGAAGGUGUACUGUGUUUACUUGACGAUAUAUUAAUAACCGGUAAAGAUGACACUGAACAUUUGCAAAGAUUAAACGCAGUUUUAAAAAGGUUGGAAAACGCAGGGUUAACUUUGCAAAAAGAAAAAUGCGUAUUUUUUCAGGAGAAAGUGCAAUACUUAGGCUAUAUCAUUGAUAAAAACGGGCUUCACAAAUCACCUGACAAAGUGAAAGCGAUCCUGGAAGCGCCUGUACCGAGCAAUGUAAAUAAAUUACAAUCAUUUUUAGGUUUAGUUAAUUACUACCGUAAUUUUGUGCAAGGGGCAUCCAUGAUACUUUCACCAUUGUAUGAUUUGUUGAAGAAAGGAGUCAAGUGGUGUUGGAGAGAGGAGCAUGACCGAUCAUUUGAAAAAAUAAAAAAAAGUUUGGCCUCGGAUCAAGUUUUAGCCCAUUUUGACCCAAAUGCUAAUCUAGUUUUGACCGUUGACGCAUCACCUUACGGCCUUGGUGCCAUUUUGAGUCAAAUACAGCCAGAUAACAGUGAAAGGCCUAUUUCAUUCGCUUCACGUACUCUCAACGCGGCAGAAAAAAAUUAUUCGCAACUUCAAAAAGAAGCCACGGCAAUCGUGUUCGCAGUUAAACGCUACCAUCAAUAUUUAUUCGGGAGGUCGGUGCCCUUUACUUUACGAACCGAUCAUAAACCUCUAAUCUCAAUUUUCGGGCCUUAUAAGGGCAUUCCCGAAGUUACGGCUAAUCGGUUGCAAAGGUAUGCCAUUUUUUUAAGCGCAUAUAAUUAUAAAAUUGAAUAUAUCCGGAGUGCCAUGAAUAGUGCAGAUUAUCUGUCUCGAGCUUGUUUACCUGACGACGGCGAUAACAGCGAAGGGCCACAGCGGGGGCGCGCGCGCGGGGAGGGACAAAACCCGUUAUUACCAGAUGAUCGCGCGUCAUAUAUCAAUUUUGUUAUCGAAGGAUGCUUACCGUUAACUACGGACGAGUUGCGUAAUCAAACAAAGAUUGACCCAGAUUUAAGUAAGGUGAUAGGUUACGUUUGUAAAGGCUGGCCUAGGAAAAUUAAUGACGAUAAGUUAAACCCGUAUUUCCAAUGUAGAUUGCAGUUAUCUUAUGAAAACGGCUGUUUGAUGAGAGGCCAUAAGGUCGUGAUUCCGGCGACUUUGCAGUCACGCGCGUUAUCAGAGUUACAUAAUUCUCACUUAGGAAUAGUAAAAACCAAAGCGGAGGCUCGGUCCAAAUUUUGGUUUCCUAAGAUCGACGAAAAGAUUGAACAAAUGAUAGGUUCUUGUGAAACUUGUAUUAAGUUAAGGCCCGCUCCCAGUCGCGCACCUUUAGCUCCUUGGAAAUUCCCUACGGAUCCUUUUACGAGGAUUCAUUUAGAUUUUUUGGGCCCAAUUAACGGCAACACCUACUUAGUGAUCGUAGAUGCUCAUAGUAAAUGGGUUGAGGUCUAUAAUAUGAAAAACGGUACUAACACGUCGGCCGUGUGCGAAAAGUUGUACGAGUUUAUGGCUAGGUUUGGGUUACCGCAAGUGAUAGGUAGUGACAACGGGUGCGCAUUUACGUCACAAGAGUUUAAGGAAUUUUGUUUGUUGAACGGCAUAACACCGGUGACGUCGCCGGCGUACCACCCUGCUAGCAAUGGGCAGGCGGAAAGCUCCGUGAAAAUAGUCAAAAAGGGAAUUAAAGCCUGUUUAAUGAAUAGUCGAAAUAUUAAAGAUUGUAAUAAUAAGUUACAAAAAUUUCUUUUUGACUACAGGAAUUCAAUACAUUCCACGACGGGGCACUCGCCUGCCCAAUUAGUUUUUGGCCGCAAACUUCGGACACGCCUUGAUUUAAUUAACCCUUCGACGGCGUCCUGCUCGCACACGUCAUUGGAUAAUUAUGUAAAAAAUCAACAGUGUUUACAGAGUAAAGCGUAUAGUGGUACAAAUAAACAAGAAUUUAAUAUAGGCGAUAAAGUUUUAUAUAAAAAGAACUUUAAUAAUAAUAAGUUUACAUGGUGUAAGGGUAUAAUUAUGGAAAAGUUGGGAAAAGUUGUAUAUUUAGUAAAAGAUUGUGAACAUUUAGAUAAGUAUAAAAAACAUAAAGAUCAAUUAAUGUUAUACAAGGGGCAAGAGGACGGUUCAUUUCUAGACGACAUUUCUCUAGAAGACCUAUUUUCAUCAGAACAAAACCAUUUAUCGACGGGUACUACUACCGACAGCGAGGUGCAACAUAGUGGGGGAGGAGAAGGCGGCCAAAUAGCCGAUGUAAGCCCUGAAGGCGCCGAGGUAACUGGUCCCUCGCCGCUGCCCGACGACGACCAGCAAGAACAGUUCGAGGACGCCGAGUCGGACGACAUCGACACCCCAGUAGAAGGGCCAGGUGAUCCAACUGUACCCAACCCGUCUACUACUGUCGGCCAGGACAGAGUCAAACGAAACCGUCCCAAAGUUAAUUAUAAACCCUAUUUUAAGUAA